UACAAAGCAUUGGUCAUGCCCAGCCCAGCUCAACCAAUGAGAUUAAAGUACUGCACAAGAGAAGGGUUAAAUUAAGUAUCAAAACACACAGAAGAAAGGUUUGUCAGAAGCUGUGGACUGGAUUUUAAAGAAAUAGCCGUGGUUGAAGAGGAUUCAGGAAUACAGAAGAACUACCUUGUUGUGUUUCAGAUUCUCUGUGGCAAAUGCUGAAACGUUUAGGCUAACAUUCAGAAUUUGAUUGACUGCUGCUCACCACAUCAGGUCAAACAUGGGUCGCUACCUCUGCACCAACUUGUGUUCAAGUUCUGUGAACAAGACCUUGAGAUCAUACUGCAAAAUUAGAUACCUAAUGAGCCUUCUCAGAAAGCACCCUCGUCUGGCUAAAGCUCCACUUGGCCCGGACCUCCACAGAUAUUCACUGCUGUCAUCUCGUCAUCCGUCCAGAAUGACGAGAAAAGCAACUGUAAAAGAUGUACACCAAAAUGAUACAGGCUCUACCUCUAACCACUUCCUCAGAGAGUUUACCAAAGAACUGAAACAUCUCCACUCGGUACGGUUUUACUCGUCCUCCAAAAGGAAUACAUUCAAACCGGAAGCUCCAAUUGGGAUAUUUGAGGAGCCUAAGAACAGUUUUCUUUUGAGUUCGCUGGGAGGACGUCUCGGUGAAUCGUUUGAUAGAUUGGCCAGACAUGUUAACAUUUAUUUCAAGAGAAUGGAUUCUGAAAAUGCCAGCCUUGUUGUAACAACUCCAGAAUAUCUUGGCAGAUCACAAAGGCGUAGUCAAAGUCAACGGGCAGCCAAAGAGAGAGAGAUAUCCAAGGGCAAAGACACAACGCAGACCCUGAAAAGCAAAGACAAACAGGAGGGCUCAGAAACAAGUCCUUCAAGAGAGAACAUCUCUGGACUCCAACUAUUUCACGCCAGCUUUUUGGCAACAACUUUUGGUGAGAGCUACAGUUACGUGGCUAGUCACAUUAACUCAGUCUUCUCUCGUGGUUUUGAAAAAGUUCAAAUGCAGGAAAAUUUGGAAACCAUGCCUUCCAGCAGAGGGACAAACAAGAGGCUAAAGAGGGGACACAUGCAAAACACUUACAUCUUGAAGUCUGAAGAAGCGGAAAUGUCUCAAGUGAAUGCGGGUGUUGAUCUGGCAACAUUGGAACCUAACGAUAUCUCCAGCAGCUGGGAGGAGGGCUACCUCCACUUUGCCAGGCACAUCAAUAAAUACUUUGGUGCCAAAGUUACUGAAGAAGUUGACCAAGAUCAGAAUAGGAGAGAACACUUUGCUGUGGAAAAAAAUCAAACUUCCAAAAAACACUUUUCAGCCAAUGCCACCUCACAAACUCAAGGUGCCAUUUCUCAACUGAAGCAAGACGAACCUAUCGUCCAUGAAACUGGAGGCCUUUUCCACAGAAGCCGUAAAACCACUAACUUUGGGGAAAAUUUCUUCCAAAUGGCCGGUCACAUCAAUCAAUAUUUCAAGGGUCAGAAAGGAUUGGAUGAGGACAUUGAUAGAAAUCUCCUAACGGAGAUGGACCCUACAUCUGCUGCCUCUGAGAGACUGAAGACUGUAUCCUUUAUGGACUGCCUUCGCCAUCCCACAAGUGCCAUCCCUGAUUUGCUGGGUGCUUAUCUAAAACUAGGCCCCUUGUCCCAGACUGGUAAGCUCCAACACGCUAUGACGUCCCCAGAGGCAAUGCUGAAUAGAAAGAUUGUCUUGAGUCGGAGGCAGGCAGAGGAAAUGACACAAGGGUUGAUUGGCACUCUGUCCCAGGCUUCCUCUCCCGAAGCUCUGACUGCCUGUGUGGACGCCCUCAAUGAACAUCUUAUCCAUUACCCAUCAUGCAAAGCUUUAAUGUGGCAGGAGAAAACCGCGGUCACAUUGUUGAGAAAGCGACGAACGUGCAGAGAUAACCAGGUGCUUCAGAGCGCCUUGAGAGAAAGCUUCGCUUUAAUUGGCUAUGUAGAUCCAGUCAAAGGCCGGGGCAUUAGAGUGCUCUCACUUGAUGGUGGUGGCACAAGAGGAGUGGUGCCUUUGCAGGUAUUAAAGCUACUGGAAGCUGAGACAGGCAAGAAAAUCCACCAGAUGUUUGACUACAUCUGUGGAGUGAGCACAGGUGCCAUCCUAGCCUUCAUGCUGGGCCUGGCCCGUUUCUCUCUGGAAGAGUGUGCUGACAUGUAUCGUCGUUUUGGCUCCGAAGUGUUUCGGCAGAACCCGCUGGUGGGUACUGUAAAGAUGGGCUGGAGUCACUCUUACUAUAGCACUGAGACCUGGGAGACAAUACUUCGAGAAAAGCUGGGAAAUAGACUACUUAUCAAAACAGCCGGGGAUGAGUUGAGUCCUAAGGUGUCAGCAGUCAGUGCGGUGGUAAACUGGGGUACCACUCCAAAAGCCUUUGUCUUCCGCAACUACAACCACAAACCAGGCUCUCUCAGCCGCUACGCCGGAGGCUCAGUGUGCCAGAUGUGGCAGGCAGUGCGAGCAUCAUCUGCUGCCCCGGGAUACUUCCAGGAGUUCCCCUUACAAAGUGACAUUCACCAGGAUGGGGGAAUUAUCCUGAACAAUCCCUGUGCCUUGGCUGUCCAUGAGAGCCGUCUAUUGUGGCCCAACCAGCCCUUCCAGUGUGUGCUGUCCCUUGGCACUGGUCGCUAUGACAAUGCAAAGAGGGGACCUGUCACCUCCACCAGCCUGAGGGCCAAAAUCAGCAACCUGGUCAACAGCGCUACAGACACUGAAGGGGUCCACACCCUUUUGGACGAUCUGCUGCCUCCAGACGUGUACUUCCGCUUCAACCCCAUGUUGAGUGCUGUGGUGUCCCUGGAUGAGAGCCGUCCAUGGGCCAUGGACCAGCUGCAGAGAGACACUCAGAACUACCUGGAGAGGAACCGGCCCAAACUGGCCAGGCUGUGUUUGGUGCUGGGGGCAGAGCGCACAGCUGCAAGCAAAACUAAGGACUGGAUGAGUGAGAGGGCCUGGGAGAUGAAGCAGAGAUGGGUGUGAGUAGAUGCAGUAGGUUGCAUGUCUACAUGCAGACGCACGCCCCGUGCACAGACACCUAUACAGGCCGUGGACAAAAUAACAGAAACACAUUAAUGUACACACCCUGAUGUACUGAUGCAGUUUGGUUUGUUGUUGAGACCUUGCAUGUGUCGCUUCAACUCAGUGGUAAUUACUACGUGCUAAACAUAAGCAUGUUAGCGUUGUUAUUGGGAGCAGGUUAGCAUGUUACUAUUUAGCUCAAAGUAAAGUAGAUCUAUAAGAUUUGCUUGUUUGAACUUUACUGCAUCUUCACAGGUUUCAUACGUGUGAACAAGACCAGAGUUGUAUUUUUACAUUUCAAGUAUUCAAGGCAGUUCAAGUCUCCAUUGCCUUCUGUUUUUUGCGCUAGAGCCAUUGUGUGUUGGUCUGCUAGCCUAGAUGCUCCUAGAUGCCAAAACAUGGUUAUACGAGAUUACAGUAAACACUGUGACUGAACACAUCCUGUGUAAACACCUAUGGACCACUAAAGCUGCUGCUGAUCUGCCAAUGUGGAGCUUUACUUAUGUGUAGACACAUUGUUGGUGAAGUUUGUAGUCCUAAUAUACAAAUAUCUUGUUGAGGGUCUACAUGGGACUACAGUUCUUUGUGUUUAUGCCAGAUUUCUGUUUUUAGCAUCUGUUGUUUUGAAAUGUCACCAUGCCAAAAUAUGUGAUUAGUAGUGUUCGCAGCUGAACUCAGAAUUACAAAGCCAGCUACUUAGUUGAAUUUUAUUAAGCUAUGUACUGAUCUGCAGCAUGCAACAGAUUUAGAGGUUGAACAAUCACCAUUUUUAUAAGGGAUUUUUCAUGUCUUGAACAUUUUGAACGAAGAAGUCAGAUGCUGCAAUUGCUUCUGAGCUGCAAAUUCAUCAACAUUUUUUUUAUCAUUCUGAUGUUUUGUCAACUUCCUGUUAUACAUGUACUGUUUGACAAAACAAUAGGAUGUUGUCAGCAUGCUUCACUUACAUGUAACACUUUGUUUGAUGACUUCUUGAUAGACCUACAGAAUGUUCAAGAAAGCACUUUCAUGCACUUUAUUAAAAAACUUUGUGUAAGGUGCACAUUUUGCAUCAUUUACCAUCUGAUCAUAACUAUUAAUGUUGCACUUGCCACUGUUGCUAAAUGUAAUUGUGUAAAAAUGUGUGUGAUUUAAAUCAUACUUUUG